UCCAAAGUCAAGGCUCCCUUCCUUUGGGUCCCCAUCCUCUGUUUGAGUAUCUUCCCGUACACUGCGCUCUGCUCCGCUCUGCUCUCGCCAACUCACAAACCUCCCGAUCUCACAAACCCAAAUGGACCCACCACCGCCACAAUCCGCCACCACCGCCCCCACCACGAAACUCCGUUUGAUGUGCAGCUACGGCGGCCACAUAACCACACGCCCCCGCACCAAGACCUUCUCCUAUUUAGGCGGCGAAACACGCAUAAUCUCCGUCGACCCAACCACCGUCAACACUCUCUCCGCCUUCAUUUCUCAUCUCCUCACAAUCCUCCCCAUUAAAUCCCCCUUUUCCCUCAAAUAUCACCUCCCUCAUUCCGCCCUCGACUCUCUCAUCUCCCUCUCCUCCGAUGACGACCUCCAUUUCAUGUUCUGCGAGCACCUCCGUCUUUCCUCUUCCUCUUCCUCUUCCUCUCGCAUUAGGCUCUUCCUCUUUUCCCCCGAGCCCGAGAAGCCCCAUAAUGUUAUUCAUCAUCCCAAGACUGAGGCCUGGUUCGUCGAUGCGCUUAAGAGUGCGAAGAUUUUGCAGAAGGGGCGCGAUUGUUUGGUGGGUUUUGAUGGGGAAGGGUUAAUUGGAGAGAAUGAAGUUAAGGGUGUUGUAGAUUUGGGUAAUGGGGGUUUUUCUUUGCCGGAGUCCAUGGUUUUGGAGACCAGUUCUUCUUUUGGAUCAUCGUCUUCUUCGGCCUCUUUGGCUAAUGUGUCUCCUCCCACUAAACCUCAGACUGAGGAUUUUGGACUCAGUUCGCUGGAUAAUGCGGCUACGCUACAGACAGCUUCUGAUUCCAUCGCUACCCUCGCGAGUGAAAUUGCCCCUACCAACUCAUGUUCUUCAGUCGAGAAUACGGUUAUGUCUAUUCCUGUUAUAUCAGAGAGUAAUUUUCACAACCUCGCUGCCGGAGUUCGUCCCCAGAACCCCCAUGAUUUUUCAGGCUAUGCACUAGCUUCCCGACCGAACCCUUUUCAGCAGCAGAAAUUGCAGUUUGUUCAAGCAAGCGCGGCGGUAGAGAGCUGCCUUCCUGCUGUGUAUCAAAUGCCAUCUUACUAUCCAGUCCAGCAACCUCAGUUUGUGCAUUACCAGCCGAUGCCGAACCAUGUGUAUCCUGUGUACUUUUUGCCUGUUGGACAGACACAGCUUUCAGCCCCUUCCAAUCUACCUGUGCAAUGGGGCUUGCGCGAUGCUGCGACUGCAAGUUCAACUCAUACUUUGGUCCUGCCUGAUGCUUCACCUGUUGUUCCUCUUCCGCAUGUAGCUUACAAGGAGGUGAUGCCAGAGCCACACUCACAGAAUCUUGGAGCAAUGCCAUCUCUUGCUAAUCCGAUUUCUCUCGAGUCUGCUGACGAAGUUCAGCAGCAGCCGGUAAUCAUUCCUAAUGAUGCUGCCGCUGAUACAUCUGGUGAAGUUGCACAUACUCGUAACGAAUGCAACGAGGAUGAUCCUGCAAGGACCCUAAUAUACAAAUCUCAGCCUCUGCCACCGCUGGUUCCUUCUCCGUUGCAAAGUAAACCUAAAGCCUCGACAAACCUUCUGUCGGACGCGAUGGCACAACUGCAUAUGAUAAAAAUCGAGCAAUGAAUUGGAAGUCUGGAAGCAGAGUGAGUGAAAGAUUUUGAUCACCCAGUUUUGUGGGAAUUUUUUUUUUUCUCUUUUUAUGAUUGGCCUUCAUGAUCAGCUUGUGUUAUAGGUGUAAAGACUGAAUGCUUGUUGUUGUUUUUAUUCUUGUUCUUUUUCUGCUCGGGCUGUCAUCUAUUUCUUUCUUUGGUCAUGUGAGAAAUCUUCUAUAUAUGUUAAACACAAAUGUCAUUUCUUUUUAUAUGGAAAUCAGGUAAGAAUAAUGUUCUUUUUAUAU